AUGUCCCUCCUCCAGCCGACCCUGCACCCGUACACCUCGCGCCUCGCCUGCGCCAGCCUCCUCAUCAGCCCGCCGCUCUUCUGGGUCAUCGAGAACUACGUCACGAGGGGCUACAAGCCGAGCUACAGCUACAUCGCGAACUUCACCAGCGACCUGGCCGUGCCGUACCCGUUCCACGAGCGCACGCACAACCGCGCCGCCCACUCGACCCGCGCCGGGACGAUGAAGCGCAACUUCCAGAUCAAAUCCGUCCUGUUCCUCAUCGGGCACCUGUCCCUCCUGUGGGCGACGGGCCGCCGCGACGGGAUCACGGCCGCGCGCGCCGCGGCCGCGCUGGCCUACGGCGCGGGCAUCUGGCUGGUGGCGGCGGUGCCCGGCGGCGAGCGCGAGCACGCGGACGGCAGCGUCAAGUGGCACAGCCUGGGCGCGAUGACGGCCUUCUCGUGCGGCAACAUCUCCGCCAUCCUGGCGGGCCGGGCGGACGGGAACGAGACGUACGCGCGGCUCGCGUCCGUCAUGGGCAGCGUCGGCCUGUGCAAUAUGGUGCUCUUCGUCGUCUUCGGGAAGACCAGGUUCCGGGGCUUCUGGCAGAGGAGUUGUCUCUUCACCAUCCAGGCCUGGGAGUUGGUGACGGGGUGGGCCGUGCUGGGGCAGUUGUUGUGA